GCUAUUUUGGAGAUGUUACAUAUAAACACACUUACAUUUCCACGACGUACCAAGCUUCACCCUUACAUGAGACUGAUCUAUCAGCAACUCAGCUCAUCGGAGACCAAGGACUCCACUGCAACUGAGGGAACUCUGGUCCAAAGCUUCCGGAGUAUUAAAGUUCCUGAAUAUGACAAUCCAGGAUGGAUAUGGUUUAACAUAUCCAAGCUCAAGCCCUCCAUGGUGGCAGCAGAGCUGGUGCUACUGCGGAGAACUCUCCACCCAAAGUCGCUGACAGUCAACGUAACAAUACAUAAUAUAGGUUUGGAAGGGAACAACCUGACCAUUAGCGAUCCGCUGGACAAGAAGAUUUUGAAUCUGAGUGAGCUGCCAUCCUCUGGCUAUGACACCUUUAAUGUUUCCACCAUCUUGAGGCAGUGGGCAGUGGAUGUAAUAGGAUUUCAGUUCCAGUUUACCGACGACAGUGGGAGUCUGGUAUUGCACGAUGCUUUGACUCAGAACCUCUACUGUCUCGACACUAGCUCUCAGGAUGAACCACUGCUCGUUGCCUAUCGGUUGGCACUGUCAGAAAGGAGAAAGUUGGCAAAUCCGCGGAGCAGCAGGAACAUCCAGCAGAGUUCCAGGGAACAGAGGUGGAAACCCUCGUCCAGCAAGGAUAUUGCCGGAAUGUGCAGCCUGCACCCGCAGUAUGUGAGCUUCCAGUCUUUGAAGUUAAGUGACUGGAUCUUGGAACCACAGGGUUUCUACGCUAAUGUCUGCAGCCCCCUCCAUUUUAUCCUCCUUUUCAAAUUCCUUUACAAGUAUUUACCAAAUUCCCUUUCGAAAGGUACAAUUGAAUCUGCUUCCACCAUGCUUAUGAAGAAAUCAGUCCCAGAUUCUCCAGUGCCAUCACAUAACUGA